CGUUCCAAUGGAACCUCUGGGCCCCACUCUCCAUCACCACCAUUAUCCACCACCACUUCUUCACAAUCUUUACGUUUCUUUAUCCCCGUUCUCUCUCUCUCUCUCUCUCUCUCUAAAUUCACACUUCAUUCUCUCUCUCUAUAACUUCCCGAUCAAUUCUUCAUUUCUUCAUUUCCUACACUCGCCGGACCACCACCGCCACACAGCCGCCGUUGUUAUGGCUCAGAAACGAGAGAAGGAAGAGACGGAGCAGCUUAAAGUUCCGGAAACCCUAACCUUAUGUACACCGUCGAUUCCGACGAAAAUCACCGGUUCCGAUGACGUCAGAUCGUCUUCACCGGAUAGAUCUGAUCUGAAAACAGGAUCCGCUGUUAUAGAUUCCAGAUCUGAAAACGUCAGAUCGUCGUCGCCGCAGCGGCCGGAUCUGAAUCGGAAGACACGUUCGUGUUCGCCGUCGGAGACGGCUCCGACGGCGACAGAGUUAUCGGAGGACGAUUCAAGCAAGGUGAAGAGACGAGUGAUAAAUCGGUGCUCAGGUUGUCGGAGAAAGGUCGGAUUGAUGGGAUUCAGAUGCCGGUGCGGCGAAACGUUCUGUUCAGAUCACCGUUACUCCGAUCGGCAUGACUGUAGCUAUGAUUACAAGGCCGCCGGACGAGAGGCGAUCGCUCGUGAAAAUCCGGUGGUUCGAGCUGCGAAGAUUCUUAAAGUGUAAAACUAAAACCUAAUAUAAACGGUUACAAAACGACGUCGCAUCAUCGCUCUUUCUGUCAAUCAAUCAAUAUUCAAUCAGUCAAUCGUGUUUGCAUAUCAGGCGAUUACAGAUUUGCUGCCACGGAGGUAGAAACGGUGGAAGAAGGUUGUUGCAACCGUUACAGGUGAAGUUAUCGGAAGAUUGGAGGUGAAGGGGUAUGAUUUGUAAAAUUGAUAAACGGUUAAGGGUAUUGUUGUCAAUUUGAUUAAUUAUGGUAGUGAAACUUUUCUUUUUCUUUUUUGGUGUGCUUAUAUUAUAUUAUUAUUGGAUUUUAUAUUUUGUAUUUA